GAGAGAGAGAGAGAGAGAGAGAGAGAGAGAGAGUGCGAGUAUGUGUGCUUAUUGUUGAGGGAGAAACCGCUCGGUGUGAUGGCACUUUUGCAUGAGUACUUUUGCGAACAGGAGAGUUGGGAGCAGUUGUUUUGUGGGACUCAAAAGGGAAUGGCCAACUCGGUGGGUACUCUUGGGAACUUCUGACUGAAUUGGCUGAAGAUAAUGGCUGAGCCUGAGGCUAUCUGUUGCACUUUAUUGAAUUGCACCUGUGACAACUUUAAGCCUGGGAAGCUGAAACGUCGGCAGUGUGAAAACUGCAAGCAUGGCUGGGUUGCACAUGCUCUGAGUAAACUGAAGUUGCACCACAUGUAUCAGAACGGCCAGGUGGAGAUUGUGCAUUCCAAUGUGGUGUUUGACAUCUGCAGCCUGAUGCUCUAUGGGACACAAGCUAUUCCCAUACGCCUGAAGAUUCUCUUGGACCGCCUUCUUUCAGUGCUCAAACAGGAAGAGGUUAUCAAGAUCCUUAAUGCACUUGACUGGACGCUACAGGACUACAUACGCGGAUAUGUACUCCAGGAUGUAGCAGGGAAAGUACUGGAUUGUUGGGCCAUCAUGACAUUUGAGGAGGAGAUUGCCACCCUGCAGCAGUUUCGGCGCUUCGGUGAGACCAAAUCCAUCGUGGAGCUCAUGACAAGAGAAGACAAGGAAGGACAAGCAGUACUAGUUCCCAGCACUUGCACCAUCUCAGAUAUUCACACUUUCAUUGAACGAAAUACCCCAUGCCCUCCUGCCAACUUGUCUACAAUCAAAGCAGAGAAGUUGAAAGAUCACAACAUGCACUACUUUGAGACUUUCAUGAAAAGCAUGGCCUUCAUGCUGCCUUUCCAUCUGCUAAAUUCUAUGCCAGCUCCAUUUCUUGGCUCCCCAGCAGGUACAUGCCAGCAGCUUCACCAACAUUACCAGAAGACAUGCCAAGGGUCAGUAGAGCAUCAGAGUCAGAAGCAAGGUGAUCAAGAACAGGACUAUCCAGUCACUGAGAACCCCCUCCAUCUUCCAGAUUCAGCAGACACGAGCCAUACAGCUUCCAGCUCCGUCGCAUUCACUGGUGUUCCAGACCAACCGGUGGAAUGUCUUUCCUCAACAAAGGUUGAAGUGGAAGAUUUUUCAACCGGCGCCAACUACACUGAUGGACCCCCGAAACACUGUACGACCUCUGAUGCGAUUCAAAUGAUACCUUUUGGUAGGAUGUGUGAUGGAAACAUUGGAUUGGGGAUUUCAAAAGGAAGUGGGGGUGGAGGAUCCCUGAAGAAGGGCCGUGUGUUUUGCAGUGCCUGUGAGAAGACGUUCUAUGACAAAGGCACACUGAAAAUCCAUUACAAUGCAGUUCACCUUAAGAUCAAGCACAAGUGUACAAUUGAAGGAUGCAACAUGGUAUUCAGUUCACUGCGUAGUCGCAACCGCCACAGUGCCAAUCCUAACCCACGACUUCACAUGCCCAUGAAUCGCAACAAUCGAGACAAAGACAUGAGAGACAACUUACCUCCUGAAGAAUGCUAUCCUGGAGAGAAAAUGUCUGAAUACAUCACUUCUAUUCCAAUCUCCUCCGCAGAAAGUCACCAAUCAGUUUCCAGCUACAUGGUGAACCGAGUGGAUGGUGGGCCAAAGAUUAACAUCGGCUCUUUCCCCAGUAGAGGACAGAGUGGCAUUUUUUUCCCAAAUGGAAAGACAGUGCAGCCAGUCCUGCCUUUCUUCCGCAGCCUUGUUACACCGGCAGAACUUGCCAACACCCCAGAAACUAUACCCUCACUGCCCCCACAAUCAUCUUCGGUGUCUGUAAAACCUACCACUGUUCCUAACAUCUGCAAUGCUGACCCCAUACCCAAAAAAAAGCCUCGAAAGUCAAGUAUGCCGAUAAAGAUAGAAAAGGAGAUGUUGGAGCAAGAUGAGCAGAUUGAUCAGGGGAGUAACUUUGAGCAGGACCAUCCUUUACUGAAUGGAGACAAAGAAUUAUGCGGGUGUCACAGAGCAGAAGGGAACAUUAUUUACCUGGGAGGUGGGAUUGAGCACGAAGAGAAAAGAGUGUAUUUUGAUGAGGAUCAAGAAAGGAAAUGUAGCAAGUGUUUAUUGGACCAAACCACAGGGAUGUUCAAGGAUGAGCACAAAAAUGAAAACAUACAGCAAGGGGAAACCGCAACCACCAUGAGUUCAUCCUCUCCUUUAAAAAACAAGUUGAUCAAGAGCCUUUGCGACAACCAAUUGGCCAGUCAGGAACCAGGCGUCAAUGAGGAAAUUGAUGACAAAGAAUGGAAAAAUACACUCCAUGAACAUAAUCACGUUUCCAAGAUGAAGUGGUGUGAGCAUACACUGACUAAUGGGAAUGCACUUCAACUUUCAGAGCACAAGAAAGAACCCUCUGAGUCCUGUGUAAAUUGUCAUGACAACUCAAGUUUGUCAGACUUUGACCCCUCUGCUUUCCAGUUUCCCCAUUGUGAGAUCUGUGGAAAGACUUUUAAGAACCACGACGGAGUCAAGAUGCACUACCAAAAUGUGCACCUGAAGGAGCUGCACAUCUGCACAGUGAAUGGCUGCAGUGCAACAUUUCCAUCACGCAGGAGCAGAGACCGGCAUAGUGGAAAUCUCAACCUUCACCACAAGCUGAUGACCAAAGUCCAUGAAAACAAAACAAAACUCAUCUACACUCCCUCAACUCACUGCCAAGUGAGAGACUCUGUUGCCAGGAACCACGACAAGGAUCUGUCAGACAAAGCUCUGUCUCUUCAAGACACAACCUGCCAGAAGUCCGUGAUCUUCAGAGGACACAAUCACAUGGGUUUGGUGUACGCCAUCAGAAAAAAUCCUUUACCUUUAGAACACAAUAAAACAUCUCACAAAGAUGGCAUUCCGGGAUUAAGAGGGGAAAGCGGUGAGGAUGGGAUCGUACUGGAUUUAAGCACCUCUUCCUGUGCUACAAAUCACUGCACCAACAGUGGUCGAUCCUGCUGGGACUCAGAUGGAGUUGACCAUGAGGAAGGAGAUGGGGCAGAGGAGGAUGUCAUGGCGCUCCAUAUGGAGGACAGUGGUGAGAGCUGUGAUGUAGGUAUAGGGAGGCCUCAAGGAGGGACAUUGCUGCAUGGGGGAAGCGAGAUCUUGAUUUAUGGUGGUGAGGCACAGAAUGGACUUCAGGCAGGAGAAAGUGAGUCGCCAAUAACCUGCCAUUUGUGCCAAAAAGUCUACUGCAACAAAGGGACAUUCAGGGCCCACUACAAGACUGUGCAUCUCAAAUUGCUUCACAAAUGUAAAGUUCCUGGGUGUUACAUGACAUUUUCUUCAGUACGCAGCAGAAACAGGCAUAGCCAGAACCCAAACCUCCACAAAAACCUGGUUGUUACCACAGGUGCAUCUUUAGACCAGGGAUAGUGAUUGUGGCAGAUUUCAUUCUGUCUGCUCAUCCUUAUGUGGUUCAUUUUUAGAGCAACUGUGAGGCUCACCAAUUUGAACUUUUAAGUGUAGUCCACCUUGUCAAAUGUUUAGGUGAAAGGAAAACGAUGAAAGUACAAUUGUCUGUGUAUAAAGAACAACUGCACAAUACAUGUGCCAGUGCAAAUCUUGUGCACUUAAAAUGGUCCAAAUUUCAAUACACAUAAAUUUGUAGUAAGAAAUGGCACGCACGCACGCACGCACGCACGCACGCAUGCACACACACACACACACACACACAC